UUUUAGCUCAUCUGAAUGAAACUAUGGAAGCAUUCGUGAGAUUAAAUUAAUAAUUUAGCUUUGCAAUAAAUACUGGACCUUAGUGCACAAUUUUUUUAACUCCAGUGCGACUAAUUAUAAUUCGAGAGUAGAGGAUUCAACAGGUGAACAACACUUUUAUCAGGAUGCAGUUGUACAGUCUGGUCCUGGGGAUGACCCUAUUAUUGGGGGCGAUAGGUUAUGCUAAAACAGACGAAACCCUAAUUGAGGUGAAUGGUUCAUAUUGGGUCCGUAAACAAGGUCAGUAUCUCCCUGGCAACAACGAUGACCGAGCUAGAGGACUGUCACUGGAAGAGUGCCUCGAGAGAUGCAUUAACAUGGGUGACUUCGAGUGCAAAUCUGCAGAAUAUGUUCAACGCCAGCAGAUAUGCAUCAUAAGCACGAGCAAUAGAGGUGACGUCGGGUCCACACAAACCAAUGGUAACAUAGAUUACUACGAGCGAGUAGAGGUUCCAGAUAACUCAACAAGACCGGCAACUGAAUCAACCAUUAUCUCCUAUCCCAAUCCAAGAGAUGGUGAAGCUCCCAUGCAGAUGAACGGUGUAUAUUGGGUCCGUAAACAAGGUCAAUAUCUCCCUGGCAACAACGAUGACAGAGCUAGAGGACUGUCACUGGAAGAGUGCCUCGAAAGAUGUAUUAAAAUGACUGUUUUUGUGUGCAGAUCUGCGGACUAUGUUCCAAACGAUCGGAUGUGUAUCAUAAGCAGAAGUAAUAGGGAUGACACCGGAUCAACCCGAGCCAGUAGAAACAUGGAUUACUAUGAAAGAGUGGUGCUUUCAGCUUCUCCCGAAGUUACAUCAACACCAACAAGAGGACCUAGCACUGAAAGCCCACAAAGACCUAGCACAGCCAAACCAACAACAGGUAGCACUAACAAUACAACAACAGCAAGACCUAGUACAGCCAAACCAACAACAGCUAGCACAGCCAAACCAGCAACAGCUAGCACUAACAAAGCAACAACAGCAAUACCUAGUACAGCCAAACCAACAACUGCCAGUACUGACAAACCAACAACAGCUAGCACAGCCAAACCAACAACAGCAAGAUCUAGUACAGUUAAACCAACAACAGCAAUACCUAGUACAGCCAAACCAACAACAACAAGCACUGACAAACCAGCAACAAGCUAGCACAGUCAAACCAACAACAGCAAGACCUAGUACAGUCAAACCAACAACAGCAAGACCUAGUACAGCCAAACCACCAACAGCAAGCACUGACAAACCAGCAACAAGACCUAGCACUAACAAACCAACAACAGCCAGCACAGCCAAACCAGCAACAGCAAGCACUGACAAACCAGCAACAAGACCUAGCACUAACAAACCAACAACAGCUAGCACAGCCAAACCAGCAACAGCAAGCACUAACAAACCAACAACUGCUAGGACCCCUAGACCAACAAAUACUCCAACACCAACUGAUCCAACUGACUGCAGUUUGGUAGACUGUCCCCUGCAAAAGUGCCGAGAAUUUGAACCCUUGUUCACACCACCCGGCGAAUGUUGCCAGCAAUGUGGUGAAGGUAAUGAACAUAAUGUGACGAUGGAUCUCUACCUUUUGUACCACCAGGAAGAUGUGUUGUCUCCAGUGUCCUACACCGGUAACACCUACACCACCUCCCCCAUAUUGUGAUUAUGAGGGAAAGCAAUAUCCUCUUGGUGAUUUCAAAACUAGUAAUCCAUGUUUACAUUGCACUUGUAUGGAAGAAGGGGCAAUGUGUUACUCACUUUCGUGCGAGGUGCCGCAAUGUGAAAACAACACCUCACCUACAGUGAAGGAUGGUGAAUGCUGUCCUAGUUGUCCAGAUAAACCAGACUCUAUGAAGUUGCAAGUGACUGGGAACCUUGUUAAUUCAAUGACGGGAAUGGGUAUGCCAAAUGUACCAGUUUCAUUGAGAAGGAUGGAAAUGGGAGGUGGU